UUUGAAUCCAAACGUCGGAGUGCUGCUGCUCUAGCUUUCGUCGCUGCAAAUUCUUCUUCAGUUACUCCAACGGAAAAUCUGCUGGGAGAGAGAAAGAGGAAAUAAACCAGAGGGAGGAGCUAGACCGACGAAAGUGUCAAGCUGGACGAUCGCUUUCAAGCCAUUCCAAAUCCCAGCACUCCUCAACCUCCCUCUCCGUCGUCCCCAAUUCGCCGCCGCCAGUGUCUUCGUCGGCUCCACUACCACCCUCUGCCGCUCUUCCCGCCUCGCUUCCUCUCCUUUCGCUUCCAUGUCCACCUUCACUCUCCCCUCCAAAAAAGAGGCUGUCAAGACUGAAAAGGCGCCGGCCGCUCUUGGCCUUAUUCUCAAGCUAUCAAAGUCAACAACCUUGUGUUUGUCUCUGGGGUUUUGGGUCUCAUUCCAGAGGUAUCAUUUCAAUGUUAUCCUCACUUAUUGCUUGAAUUCUUCUCUUAUUCCUUACUUCCUGGAAAUGCUUGUAAUGAUAUUAUUAGUCCGUUACAUUUCCUCUGCUAGAAUGUUGAGGAUCAGACAGAGCAGGUUGGCUGACUUGGCCGACUUCAAGAAAGUGAAUGAGAUCUAUGCAAAAUAUUUCCCUGCUCCAUUCCCAGCUCGAUCAACGUAUCAGGUAGCAGCAUUGCCGUUGAAUGCCAGGAUUGAAAUCGAGUGCAUUGCUGAACUUCCUCAGAAGAUCGAAGCUCAACCUGUCUAGGUAAAACAAACCUGAAUGUAGUCUUGGAAACCGAGGUUAGUAAUAAGCAAGCAUGGGAAGGGAUCUCGAUAGAUGAAAAAUUGAUCAUUAGGCAUUUUCAGUUGUAACCCUCUUGAAUAUGUGUGUCCACAACUGUUGUCCAGUUUGUAAGUUGGUGGCAGUACUCUGCUCGCGAUAUCCUUCGUGUAGCAAUUCAAUAGAGAGGGUGACCUCCCUGUAAGAAUUUUAUGGUAAUGCACCCAGUGAGAGUUGAAUCUGUGAUGGAAAUAAGUAAUAACGCUUGGUAUCUGCGGCGUUCACGUUUUUGGUGUUUGAAAUGGG